AGCGCCCUUGGCCUGUCUGCGCUGUCCGGGCACGGAGACGGGUCCCGCGCGGUGCCCGGGGCGCAGUUUGGGCACGGCUCCUUUGGUUGCACUUUCCUAGUGCCCCAGGUGUGGCAAAAGCUAGUGCUGAUCCGGGGCGACGACGGGAUGAUUGACAGGACGCUUUUGGCCCCGACCGCCGCUAAAAAAAAUAACAAAAACACGCGUGGCAACCAGGUGCUCGCAGUCCCAAGCCAUAGCCGAAAGCGCAGCGCCAAACGGACAGCGUAAAGCGUGUUUUGCGACGCCAGCACAGCGAGUGAAGCGCCGAUCAAAACAUGGCGGAGCCCCCGCGCCCCCCCGCGGACCCCGCGGCGGGGGCCCCAGCGCAGCCGGCGCCCAACCCCCAAAUCCUGGCGCCGCCGGGCGGCCCCAUCCCCGCCGCGGCGCUGCCGCCGACCGCCGCGCUCCCGGUUGGGCCCAUCCCGGCGGCCGUCGCCGCCGCGGGCCUGCCGCCGGCGGCCAUGCUCAUGGCCGUGCCCGCGCCGACGCCGCAGGAGGCCGGCGCGGCGGCGGCGGCGGCGGCCACUGCCGCCUUUAGACAGCACAUGAGCGCAGCCGCUUCUCUCCCGGACGCCAGCCGCGGCUCCGGCGAGAACACCUUCGUGGCCGGCCACGUACGUAUCCAGCGUCCUCAAAGCGCGCACGGCACCAAUCAUUUGGCCCGAAUUUGCGGAAGUUUGCGCGCGUUCUGUCCGACGUCGGAUUCCGCGGAAAUCCGCGCGCGUCACCUCGGACGCGCCGUGGCCGCGGCGACGGCGUCGUCGCGAGCCCCCGUCGUCGUGGAACCGUCGUCCUCGUCGCAAGCGGGCCUACACACCUCACGGGCAGCUUCGCGGCCGCGUCGUCUUUUCUCGCGCGCCCCCGACGCACGCUACACGACCGCUGCUUCACUCACGAUACGACCGCAGGCCUGGGACGAUCGAAGUAAGUGCCAAAGUGUCGACUGUAGAAGACCAUUAAGAGCGGGCGACGCGCGCAUCGGAAAAAGGCCACCGUCGGCGCGCCUCGGCCAGGGCAAGACGCGCUGGUACCACCUCGAGUGCGUCUUCGCUUCAUUUAGACGGGCCUGUCGGCGCUCCAAAACGAUCACGAGGCAAGAAGACGUCCGCAAUUUAGAACUGCUCGCGCCGGAAGAUCGGGAAAAGGUCAAGCAGAUGAUCGACGCCUGGAACGCGGAAUUGCGCGCCGCGACGGCGGCGGACCAGCCCCAGCCGCCCGUGCAGCCGCCCCAAGCGCCGACGGUCACUGGGAGUUCGGAAGACGACGAUAAAGCGGAAAGUGCGUCCGAGUCCGAGGACGACGACGACGACGUGCGGCCCUUGCCUUUUUUGGCUUCCAUUGCUCCUGAUGGUCGGUCGAAAUGUCAGUACGUGCAUUGCCCGACGCGCGAGAUUCGGGCCGGCGCGGCUCGGUUGGGCGCGCGGCCUCCCUCACCACGCCCAGGAGGCAACGGGCGCGUCCAGUGGUUCCACGUCGACUGCGCCUUUGCGGCGACGGCCUGGGCCGGCACGCGCUGUCGACGGUCGGGCCCCCCUGACGGCUUAGACGCUCUAUCUCCGCCGGAUCGGGCACGGUUGCUCCGCCUCGUGGCCGACGCGAAGAAACGCAGAAGAAAAGCGGACAACGGCUCCGAACGAAGCGUCAAGCAGAAGACCACCGAAGGAGCGCAGCCGCCGGCGGCGCCGCCGCCCAUGUCGCGGGGCCACUGGAGCGAGGCCGAGCACGCGAAGUUCGUGGCGGCCUUGGCGGUCCACGGGCGGGACUGGGUCAAGGUCGCGUACGCGGUCGGCUCUCGGACGUUGGCGCAAGUCCGGUCCCACGCGCAGAAGCACUUCCUCAAGCAGAAGGACCUGGCGAACGCGCCGCGCGGGUCCGGCGACCCGGCGCGCGCGGCGAUCAUCGCUAGAGCGGUGGCGGCCCGCGCGGCGCCGGCGCCGGCGCCGCCGCCGCAGCAGCAGGACUCGGCGGCGAUGCUGAGCGCGCUCGCGGCGGUCUGCUCGCACCUCGCGCCGCCGGCGCCGGUCCCGAUCCGGGGGCCGCAGCCGCCGCCCCAGGGGGAGGGCGACGGCGGCUGGGCCGACGACGCGCCCGCGCCGUGA